GCUUUUAGUCAAAGUUUUAGUUUGAAGGCAUAAAGAUGCGUCUAGCUAUUGGGGUAUUUUUGGUCGUCGCUGUUCUUCUGGUUUCGGAAAGCGAGGCAGCUGUUAGCCGUGGAAUCUACAAGGAUCCAGCUCAUCCUGGAAAAUGUGUCCUUGAAGGCCUUAUUUUAGAGGCGGGUCAAAGUGCACGGAACCCAAAAAGAUGUGAGCGAAUUUUGUGCGGAGAAAAUAGCACUGUAGAAAGGCAUACAUGUGGUAUCUAUGGACUUGCCCCAGGCCAACAAUUCGGAAAAUACAAGGCUCCAAACGCUGAUUAUCCUGCCUGCUGUGAACGUGAAAUAAUAAACGUGUAAUAAAUAUUUUUAAAAUAUUCAAAUCCUAACACAAACAAAUACAAAGCCGCCUCUUAACUUCAUAA